ACGAAGUUAAACCAACUCAACGCCACUGCAAACACGGACCACAUUCCAGAAACCGAUUCGAAUCUAAGGAGAAUUUUGGCGGGUAAAUGGAGCUCCUGAAGCUCUCCAAAUUCAAGCUCCAACUCCACGCCCUAAUUUCUGAAGUUCGAGAACUCAAAGAAAAGGAACGCAACGCGUCUCAACAAAUCCAAAUUUCGGUCCAGAAGCAAAAGCAAUCGGAGGAGGAAUUCAAUGAAAAAUUGGCGGAAUUGCGUGCUGAGUUAGGUUUCUCUAAUGAACUUAGGCAUAAGCUGGAAAGAAAGGUAACUUGCUUAGAGAAUGAGAACAAUUUGCUGGAAAGCAAGCAGAAGGAAUUGGAAGGAACUUUACAAAGCUUGCUUGAAUCAAGGGAAGCUUUUCUGAAGGCUUAUGAGGACUCUACUUAUGAAAUGAAGCGAUCUAUUGAAGACAGAGAUAGAAAAAUUGAUAUUCUAUCUGAAAAGUUAAGAGCUCAUUUGUUAUUAUUCGAUUCGAUGUCAAAGGAGGCUUCCUCCAUUAAUAAACUUAUGGAUGAUGCUAGACACACUCUCAGUCAAAAAGAGGAUGUAGUGGUUGGGCUAAAGAGGAAAAUGGAUGAGGUUUCUACUUUUGAGAAACUUUUCGUCGAGAAGAUCAACAACCUGGAAAACAAACUUAUGAAUAAUGAAGUGGAACUCACAAUCAAAGCUAAAAGAAUACGACAGCUGGAGGCAGAACUUGAGGCAGCAAUUCUUAGCAAGGAGUUCCAACCAAAGAUCACACAGCUUCAGAGAGAGAUAUCCACAAAGGAACUACUUCUACAGAACUUAAUCUCAGAGAACAAGGGACUGCAUUGUGAAGUAGGAAGCUUAGGCAUUUUCAUAAAAAGGAUUCAAGAUGCCGUCACUCGUAUGGGUGAAGAGGAUAGGAAGACAUUCACCUCACUGAUGGAAGGCCAGGAAGAAUGCCUUUCAAUUAGACAAAGUGAAAACUUACGGAUUCCAGAUAUUGCUCAAAUCACAGGGAAAGACACUAAUCCAAAGUCUUCUACGAUUGAAGAAAGCACAGGUUCCUAUCACGCCCUUGCUUUAUGUUCCUCACCAGAAGUUCAGGAGGAUUCAAUAAAGAGCCCCUUGAAGAAGGAUAACAAGAUUAACUGCUAUGUAUCAGAGUCUGUUUAUUCUCCCUCAACAUCAGCUUGCUCAGUGCAUUGUGAAGCUAUCAAUGCAAGUGUCUCUGUUGCUGCAGUAAAGGACGAGUACACAGAAUUAGCGAACCAGCUGGAUUCUGAAUGCUCAACGACUCAAGUGGAGAUACUGUAAAUUGUAAGAUUUUUGUCUUUGUAUCAGAAAUUUGUUUCGACUCUGCGAGCAAACUAGACUAACUUUUCAUGUACUUCAUUCUAGUAAAAUUAAGUUAGUGAAGUUUUGGUGAUCCACUAUGCAAAACUGCCCUUGUACUUGAGGCUGAGCGAUUGUUUUCUGCUUUCCACGUA